UCAGACUCUCUAAAAAAACUCAAGAAGAGAUGAGAAACAAAGUCACUGACAUCUAUGAGUAUGAAAAAGGUUCUAAAGCCAUUUUACUCCAGUGAACCAUGCUGUGAGCCAUUAUGCACCAAUGGAGAGAACUUGGAACAGGGGUAAACCUAAGAAAGAGACUGGGUACAAAUGGCAUCCAUUGGAGAGUUCAAGGUGAAAACCAGUGCCAGCCAAAAAGGGCACGUUUGGGAAGAUAUUCUGUGGAUCCAUGACACAAAGCUGAACUUGUUGCAAGAUUUGUCGGUGGUAGUGUGGUGCUCUAGGGCUCCUUUGCUGCUUCGGGACCUGGAAGACUUGCUGUAAUACAUGAAACCAUGGAUUCUGUUCUCUACAGGAGGAUGUCCAGCUAGCAUUUCAUGCUCUGAAGCUUAAGUGCAUUCAGGUUAUGCAGCAGGACAAUAGUAUGAAACAAACCAGUAAAUGACAAUCAUAGUAAGGGCAUAGGCAUGAAGUGCUGUUUGAAUGUGUGUGCGAUUGCGUGGACGACACUCGUAGCAAGAGAGCGAUCCCGUCUGCCAUCCUGUUAAUUAAUGAGGUCACUUGGAUCAAGAUUUGAGUGAGAGUUGAAUCCCCUAGGAAAGGAUCUCAAGAUUGUAUUAUAGAUAUCUGACAGCUGGUGUGGUAGGCCACCACAAAUAUUUCAUCUUCAAAGACUGGAGAAAAUAAAAUAAAAAACUAUAUGCCUAACAGUAAAAUCAUGCUCACUCACCUAAUUACUCUGGACCUUGUUAGUAUUUAUUCAUCAAUCUUUAAUCUCACAGAAAUUAUUCAAGUAAUAAUACAGUCACUUUUAUAUCAACCCAUAAUGCAAAAAUACACGAACAAAACAUUCACCAUUCAAAGAUUGCUUGGAUGGGUUUCCUUUCCAAACACGUGGAGCCAGAAGAAGAAAACUCUGGAUGUCGAGCUUCAACCUAACCUGACGCUCCAGUCCGCCUGGUGGCGCAAUGGUGCGGCUGGCUGGUACUAGGAAUCGCAGAAGAAGAACACCCACAGCCGCUAACUAAAACGGUCCUACCUUAACGGCAGGGAUGUUGCAGGUCACUUUGGUUGGUUGUUAAAUUGUUACUGACAACAUACUGUAAGUCGUUUAUAGGAUUUUGUUUGCGGCGUAGCAGCAGCUCAUAGCAAUGCUAACUUUAUGUGCUAGCCUGGCUAGCAAACUGGAACCAUGUUUUGUUGCCGUCAUUGAUUAGAAAUCCCAAAGGAAACUACAGAGACAUUAUAAUCUGUGGUUGUUCUGUUUUCAAAUGUUUGUUAAUAUUGGUAGAAAAACAUAGCAUGGGAUUCAAAGGAGUAAAUACAAAUUAGAGUUAGCUAACACCGUAGAAACGUUAGGUAUCUGUUUCUGUUGAUUUUCUUCUGACGAACUGAAGUUACUCUGAUUUAGUCCCUGCUGAGCUGUACCAGGCUGCUGCCAGAUCCAGUGUAACAAACUAUGGAAGUGCUUUGAUAAAGGAAAUGCAGAUGGACCGACUGAAAAGGCCGUGAUUACAUGCGGAUCUCUGGACCAGCUGCGUCAGCAAUGUCUGCAAUCCCCCUUCUGCGAUGCACCAUCAGGCUGCAGUGGAAGCAUUUUGCCACACAUGCUGUGCAACAGAGAGCGCUGUCAGGGGCAGAGGCUGUAAAUGCUCUCAGGCCCUUUUAUUUUGCAGUCCACCCAGACUUCUUCGGUAAAUAUCCCAAAGAACGGGAGGUGAAUGAAAACUCGCUAAAGAGGCUGAAUGGCUAUCUGGAAAACUUGCAGAAGCCCGGCUCACGUUCAGUUCAACCCAUGAAGCUCACCUUUUAUAUAAGGAACACAAAGUACAGCAGUAAGGUGCAGCCAGAACUCAUCAGCUCAGGCUUCCGCUCCGUAAGUUUUACUUUGCACACAAAUGAUGUUUUGAGCACAGUGAUGGAUGUUUUGACGAGCUGCAGCCUGCCUGUGGAGCACAUGAAGGGACUAACGGCGAGUAAAGCAGCAAGUAAAAGUCCCACUGAGACGGGGGAGCCUUUCUACAGAACCAUCAAAUGGGAUAAAAGCUAUUACACCUUCACUGGCUUCAAAGACCCCGAGCAGGAGCUGCAGCAGGCCCAGAGAGCCGAGCCUACGCUCAGCGUGUGGUUGAGAAACAACGAACCUGAAGCCUCAAAGAAACACAAUGCGAGUCUUCCUCGGAGAGAAGAACUGAAGAGACUGAAGAGGGAGCUGUGUCGCAGAUUUAAUCUGACCGAUAUCAGAUGGCAGCGCAGCUGGGGAGUCUCCCACAGGUACUGUCAGCUUCAAAGUCUGAGCCGCCUGUCUCACCAGAACCCCGAGGCUCUGAUCAACCUGCAAGACAGUGAUCAUAUCCUAGAGACCUGUUUCUGUGGAAAGAGACAUACGGUUGUGUUUGCCGACCAGUCAGGGAUGAAUGCCUCUGGACACGUCAUGCUGGGAACCAUGGAUGUUCAUCAUCAGUGGACAAAACUUUUUGAGCAGCUGCCUGGUUAUCAUAGCCUGCAGCAGCAGACACACUGGCUGAAGGAGAGGAUCAGCCUCCUCCUGGGUGGAACCCAAGUGGUGCACAUGGACAGACUGGGACCAGUUCAGCCCAUAGCUGAGCACUACAGUUCCCUAAACACCUUCCACAAACGUCUCAUGUCCCACCACCUUCGUCUGCACCCCAGGAGUCUGCAGGGCCUCACCAUGUUGCUGGAAAAUGACCGCUCCAACCCCAGUCUUCAUGAGAUGGGACACUUCGUUAUUCCCAUCAAAUGUGAUCUUCCUACACUACAGGUCUUCCUUCAGAACCAGGCCCCUGAAGCCCGACGGCGCAUCCAACGCAAAAACCAACUGCAGGCAGAGGAGGAGGCCGUGGUGAAGCUGUGUCUUGAGACUCUGUCUCUGAGGAGCUUGUCUAAGGAGCCCAGUGUCAGCCCUGCCCAGAUGAUUCAAUGCUGUGAAAGACUGUUGGAGCAGCGCUCCCCCCACAUGCAAGGCCUCCAGAUCUGUGUUUCUCACUUCUACUCUGUCAUGCAAGAUGGAGACCUGUGUGUCCCCUGGGACUGGAAGAGCUGACCUCCAGAUUUACACGUUUUUGUCGGUCCAUGUGUGACAACUACUUUUAGACAUUGAUACUGUUCAGCAGAAAUAAGCACAUUUACCAGGACAUCACACAGACGUUUUUCUGCAAAUGCUUUGUCAAGGAAAUGUUCAGAGAACUUUAAGAGCACAAGUGAAGGAUACCUGUACAGCCUGCAAUGUUCACAUGCGACCGGGCUACACUUCAAAGUGAUGUGUGACAAACGUGUGACUUGUAGUGUAGACGUGGCUUAAAGCACAGAAUUGUCAAAGUUGUAACUAUUUAUUGCAAUGAGUAUGAAAAGUGAUUUUUCACUUUGUAGAAAUGUGAAGUCAGUGUGGAAAACGUUUCACAGGAGUCCAAUAAAAACCUCUGUAUAUCCA